GCCAUUGGACGCAUUCCAGCUCGAUUGCAUGCAGUGCAGGACACUCGAUCGGGUCCCUGUACAUUUGCAUGUGCUGUUCAGAUGCAUUCGAACAGCUGCCCGGUACCUCUCCUUUGUUGGGUUCCAUUCCCUCGACGAUGGCUUUCGAUGUACAACUGACUUGCCGUCGUUACCUGUCACCAACGUUGUCGAUCCACCUGCUCUGAACCCUUUCCAUCACAAUGGCCCGGGUCCCUUUCAUUGGCAGGCUCUUUCUGCGAGAAUACCUGGCUCUUUUUGGAUCACUCAUUCUCGUGGCUUUGGAAGUCCUGGUGCGAGCAAUUACCCUCGGACUUCCGCAACCCAUCAUCCGCUUCUGUUAUAACACCUCUAAGAGUCUGUUCAACAUACUGUCUUCCCAGAAGUCACGACAAGCCAGAUCGACACAAAGAUCCAUCUACAGCUCCAUCGCAACAUGCUCCGACUUUACUGAACUCUGCGCGUCGUGGGGAUACUAUGCCGAAGAACACAUUGUACAGACAGGAGAUGGAUAUCUACUGGGCGUACACAGAUUGCCAUUCCGGAAGGGCGAGGAAGAGACCGGCGUCCGAGUCAACGCUGGGCCAGAUUCCAUCAAGAAACCCGUGGUGUAUCUGCAUCAUGGUCUCCUUAUGAACAGCGAGGUAUGGGUCUGUAUCACGGAAGAAGAACGAUGUCUUCCAUUCGUCCUAGCCAGUCAAGGAUACGACGUCUGGCUCGGUAACAACCGAGGCAACAAAUAUAGCAAGAAGUCGACCAGGUCAUCGCCGACAUCUCCUGAGUUCUGGAACUUUUCGAUCGACGAGUUCGCCUUUCAUGACAUCCCCAACACAAUUGAUUAUGUCCUCAAUACGACGUCUCAGACGUCAUUGUCAUACAUUGGGUUCAGUCAGGGCACUGCCCAGGCCUUCGCAAGUCUAUCUAUUCAUCCAGGCCUCAAUGACAAAGUGAACCUCUUUGUUGCUUUGGCCCCGGCCAUGGCUCCCGCCGGCCUCAGCAACGGCAUUGUGGAUUCUUUGAUCAAAACCAGUCCGGACGUUUUGUUCUUGGCUUUUGGUCGAAAGUCCAUUUUGUCUUCGGCCACCAUGUGGCAGUCCAUUCUGUACCCGCCUAUAUUCGUCCGUUUGAUUGACAUGUCUCUAUCUUCCCUCUUUGCCUGGUAUGGCCGAAAUAUUUCGCUGCAACAGAAACUGGCAGCCUACCCCCAUCUGUACAGUUUCACUAGCACGAAAUCAGUUGUUCACUGGUUCCAAAUCAUCCGAAAUAGGUCGUUUCAAAUGUACGACGACGAUUCCUCGAGCAAAUUCAGUAUCGGGGCCAGAAACCGGUAUUACAAAGUGGCCAAGUUUCCUACGCGCAACAUCAGAACUCCCAUCGUCUUGGUUUAUGGUGGGAGUGAUUCGUUGGUCGACAUUCGAAUCAUGCUAAAAGAAUUACCGCGCCACACGAUCGCGGCCGAGAUACCGCAUUACGAGCACUUGGAUUUCUUGUGGGCACAGGAUGUCCACACUCAGGUGUUCCCGCACGUGCUGGACGCGUUGCGGUACUAUGCGCUCGGCCGGACCUCGAAUGGGAUACCCCAGAGUCUAGCUAUCUCCAUGGCUGACACAGCUCAGCUCUACGAACGCCGCAACAACAGCGAAAGCGCCUCAAGUACAUGGUCUGAGGAGGACGACACAGGCGGUUAUUCAGACUAUGACGGGGUCAACGAUUCGCCACGUACGCGGAGAUCCAAAGCCAAGGUCCACCCCAGGUCGAAACCCAAGUCGUUUGCUCAACAACAGCGCGAAAGCCAGUAUCAGCAUGGUCAGCUAGUCGCAAGCCCUCAUACCGGCAGGCGGAGGUCGGCGUCGUCUCCACAAGCCUCAACGUCAGGAUUCAUGAACUGGGUAGGCCAGUAUUACAAUUUCCCCACGAGAGGUGAGCAAGGGCCAAAGGUUCAGGCCGGGGCGAAGUUAGGGUCUAAAUCCAGCAUCGAGCAUCGCCAACAACAGCAACAGGGGGAGCAAGGGCCAGGAGAAGCCAUCCCAUCAUCUAUUUACCAAUGGUCACCGUCGCAAAUGCCCCGAUCGACUCAAUAUCAGAUUGGAAUCGACUCUCCGGUCACGCCCACAAGUUCAGUCUCCGCUACAGCUUCCGGAUCGCGAGGACCAGUGAUACCCUCCUCCGCCGCGAGUAUGACGCACAGAGUGGGAAGUGCUGGGGGGAGUGCGGGUGCAGGAACACGAACAGGACUGGGGAUUGAAACGCAAGCACCGAACCAUCACAGGGGAUAUGAAGCAGCACCAGCAGCAGCAGCGGCAGAAGACGACGAAGAUGCAAAUGCCGAAGCGAAAGCAGAUACAAGAGGGCGGAUAUCUCCACAUAUCGGUACACCGUCAUUAUCACCUUCGCCUGUAUUGUCAUCACAUCAUCAUCAUCAGCAUCAUCAUCGGAGCCACCACCAGCGCGGCGGUACUAGCAGCGACAAAAUACGUGAAGGAUUAUGGUCACCAUCUGUUCCUUUACAAUCCCAUCCAAGAUCGCCGUCGCCAUCACAGGCAGAGUCACGGCACAGUCCGACAGCAACAGCAGCGGCAACUACACCAAUCAGAGCAGGAGCGGGAUCACCGUCACCAUCGCCAUCGUCAUUACCUCGGCCAGCAGCAGAUCAUAUCAUACUUUCCGGGAGCCAUCUUCGGUCAAGGUCAAGAUCUGGCUCGGUCACCGAAUCCGCUGGCACCGCCGCCACCGGCUCAGGUCGAUCGAGUCCGAACCCAAAUCCAAAAACAGGCUCUCCCACGACGGCCACCACAGCCGCUUCGAAACAAGUUCGCCAAAGGCACUCUUUUACUCCCAAGGGAAUUAGGGUUGGUAGUUCCAAGCCGAGCGUUGGGGCCGCUCAACCAUCGGGUCCUCAACUGCCUCCUACCUCUUAGCGAUAAAACGAUAUCAAAGUACGGAGGAUUGAGGGUAGUAGUAUUUGGCUAUCUACCUUAUUUUUGGACCAUAGACGCUUAGGUUGAUAGAUAAAUACAGUCAAUAUACGCCAGGCCGAUCUAUGAAUCCACUGUCGCUACAGUGAGGAAAAACAGGGACUGCAAAGGUAUGAAUGAUAAUUGAAUACGUAUUAUGAUAUUGAUAUUGAUAUUGAUACUUUA